CACUUUAUUAUUUCUCUCAGCCAAUAAAAGUUUGUUUAUGGACCUACAUCGCUAGGCGAUGGCGGACUGUAUUACACAAAUACGGGAACAAGAAUUGUUUUUCGUUAUUUCGUUAGAUCAGCAAGAGAAUUUUGCGCGUAUAUAUGCGUUCUAUAAUUUCAAGUAUUUUGGACACACACUUUUGUGUGUUUACAAUAGGAGACGGUGUGUUGUUCAUUAAUUUUACGAUGCCUCUCUAUAUAAUGAUGGAAAGAUCUAUUCGUCAUAACUUUGUAGCCAUAAAACGUCGAAUAUAAUAGUAAUAAUAAUGUAUAAUAUUAAAUACACGCGUCCUUGUGAUUCGGUAUUAAUUACGGAUAUUUCGUGUAACAAUUGUUCGUUUUACUAUGAAGACGGUUAAGCAGCAAAGAAUAAAAAAUAGCGCAAUCGGUGAAAGCCAUUAUUUUCUUUUUACCAUGAAUAUUACAAGAGAGAAAUUUAGUACAAUACUUUUGUUGAUGGUUGUUACUAAGUCACAGAAUGUAUAAAGAAUCCAUAUUAUAAACCACACUAUUUAUAUAAUUGAUUGGAUGUUAAGUAAUACACUUGUGUAUAUGUGGAAACCACGCGCAAUAUAAUUUCUUUUUAAAUUCUUAAGAAAUUUUUCUCUCUCUCUCCUUCCUCUAUCAUUUAACACACGAAUAAUUCGAAGUCGUUUUAUCCAGUACUAAAAAAGAGACACGUAGGUUCCUCUAUAUCAGGCCUAAUAUUAAUAUAAUUAAUAAACGAGUGAAAGAAUUUUUCGCGCUUAUACUUCUGUUGCUUAACAAUAAUAAGUAUGGAUCUGUUAUUUUUUUUUUUAUAAAUCUGACGUGUAGGACUUUACACACAGCAAUGCCUAACCAUAGAUAAAAACACGAAAACACGAAUAUUAUAGUUUUGGAACCAUAUACAACAUAUAUGUAUCGAUUAUCAUAAUAUUUGGUCGAUUACCUAAAUCAUUUAAUCGUUAAGCCUACUAGUAGUUAUAUAUUUUAUCGCUAUAAUGCCGCACAGUAGAUUUGUUAAUUACUUAUUUUCAAGGUGUUCCUUCUUUUAAAUUGAAUCAACUUAAAAAUAAACAAAAUUACAUAAAUGUAUCCUGAAUUAUGCUCCUCUAAAAUCUAGAAUAUUUACCCACUAAACAAGCGCUCUCACGGUUGUUAUUCUUAUUGUUUUGCGCAAUCAUUGUCGUUGUGAUUACAGAAGAUGUUAUUAUUCUCAUUUGCUCUUGAAUUGCAUUGUUCAGUUUGCAAAACCAAAUUUACACGUAUUCUCUCUGAUUACUGUUUACAAUUAGUCAUAUCGCAUUAAAAAUUGUUAAGUAAAAAUAAUGUAAAAGUUAUUACAGAAUUAAUUUUUUCAAUUAUUACUCGCACUUGUUUUCACUAACAAUAAGUAGGAAGGAGUUCAGGAAAUAAUCCUAGCGAGUAUCGUACACGCUAAUUAUAUAAUAGAGUAUCGGUAAAUAGUUCAUACUCGAUGAUAUUUAAAACACAUACUCUAGUGUAUAAUUGAAUUAUUGUUUUAAUUUUUUUUUGGCGACGAGAAUCAAGAUAUCCUCGAAAACCCGUCAUUUUUUCAUAUUUUUUUUUUACACGUUUAUUAAGGAAAAUUAAUGUUUAAAUGUUUCUUAAUUUAAACCCGCACCCUAGACAUAAAUAUGUAUAUCUCGUAUAGUAAUGUAUAUAUACCGUAUAUAUAUUAAUAUGUAACAUAUAUGCGUUCGGAUGUUAAAAAGGCUCCCUUCGUUUAAGAAGUGCAGACACACACCUCGAUCUCAUUUCGAAAAAAUCGAACGAUGCGUGUUUUUUAAAAGCAAGGUACGUUGUUAUUGUUCGUUAUUAAUAUACAUUCCUUACGAAGACAUUAUAUAUUAAUAUAUCGAGGGUGAUAAUAGUUAACAUCAUGCUGAAAGAUUGCUUAGAGCUUUAUGCACUGCAAAAUUGCAAGCGAACAUCGAAAAAUUCGUGAUAAAAACACAGCUGAAAAGCUAAAUAAGAGAAAGAGAAUAAUCCCACCUAAGAAAUAUGGUGUUUCAACACACAGCUCGAUAUUUACUUCGAAGAUUCCUUGUUAUUUAAAUGGAAACUCAAUAUAUGGACAAAGCUUAUUAGUAGAGAGGUUGGUGGUUCAAGUGUGUGCAAUUAUUAUUAUUAUUAUUAUCAUUAUUAUUAUUAAAAGGUGUGGGCACCCUAAUUGAUACGUACAACACGGUUAACAGAUAUACAGAGCUCUCCUUAUUAGCACUCUCUCUAAUGAAUAAUUAGGACAAAUUGAACGAUGAUAUUGCAGCAGUAAUCACGAGGUAUACUUUAACGAGGCUUAACACUGAAUUAAUUGUCGAGAGGAUAAGAUAUAUUUGUCUCUCGAAUUGAGAGAACGUUCAAAAGUGUUGGAAUUUAUCUUAGUUGACCCUGGGGUGGGUAUUCGAAGCAUUGCAACGUCUUGAGUCCAGCAGAAAAAUCAGAAGGUUCUACGCACACGAGGUGUGCCAAAAUGAUCAAAAACACUGAAUCACAAUAAAGAUUCUGCGCCCCUCCCUCUGUCAUAGUUUUCAUUAGACACAUUGGGGUGGUGUAUUUUUAGGCGAGAAGAGUCAGUGUAAAACGUCACGUGAACAAUCGUGGGUGUAUCGAAAAUGUCGGUGGUGGAUUAGCGUAGGCGUCGAGACGCGCUUCGAAGACGCCUAUUUAAGCUUCUCGCGUAUUCGUAGCUGAAUCAGUCGAAAUUCAUUCCUCCGAAUUUUCGUGCUCUUUUUAGUGAAUCGUCGGAAGUGUUCGCUGUUGGCUCGAGCUUGAAACGCAUCAAGUCUAACUCCACAAGUUUUCCCGUAGAAACCACAUAAAAUUCACGGUAGUACCAUAAACGCUCUCAAAGUUUUAGCAAAUUGUGCUUUCGUCAUGAUCGUGAUGUUUUUAUCUCUGGUGUGAUCCGGUCGGUGUUCUUACUUUCGUCGGACGAAAAAAAAAGCAACGCUUUUCGCGAAAUAGUAAAUAGUAACUCCUAACGUUAGUGAAAAUCCCAAAGAGCUGUUAAACCUUAAGGACUAGUUACACAUUUACUACCUAUACAAGUUUGAAUCCCCUUCCGAAAAGUGUCCGUGGCGUUAAUAAUACCAUAUCCUAAUCCGAAAGUGUUAUGCAAAACACCUUAAACCUACUAACAUGCAGAUUUUCUCUGCUCUUUCCCCAUCGUAUGUAUUCCUUUAACCGUCUUUCUCAAAUAAUAUUCGAAAUCUCGUAUUCUUUAAUAUGAAGUGCGUAAAAAUAGGUGUCAAUUAUUGCGCACGCAGUGCUGAAAAUCUUUGAGAAAGACUAAACACGCACAUUUUAAUUAAGGUCUUUCCCCUAUCGUACUUGACGUGUAUGAAUUAACCAUACACGCUUUUAGCCCUUACUAAGCAAACAAACAAGUAUUGUCUCGUAACUCGAAUUAGUAGUGUAAAACACGUUAGUGCUGAAAAGUUAAGUACAUGUCUGGUUUUACGAUAUACAACGCGAUUAAACACUGAUUUCCUCCCUUCUAUCAGCACUAGCUUUUCCUUUUCAACGCCUACAACUGUGCUUCAUCUUCAAGUUCUAUUAGUAGUUUUGAUCGUAAAAUAGCGUUAACGCUUUCUCUUUAAUAUACCGAGAUACAUAUGAUCUCUUUCUGAAUUAAAACACGCGUUGUUAUUCGUGUGAGCGCACAUGGUGUGGUCAUAAAACCACCCCCUGCAUACUUCAGCUAACUCCUAGAGUCCUACUAUCUCAGUGGUGGUGAAGUUAUCCUGUCCCUAAUACACCUAUGUUCCUAAAACACAUAACCUAUUAUUGAGCUACCUCACGAAUUAUGGGGUAUUCGAUGGAAAAUGCCUAACACGUUUUUUUUUUUUCUAAAUCCUUCCUUCAUGUUAUCCUAACAAACGCGCAGCCCCCUUUCCUUUUCUUCGUUAAACAUUAGCACGUCCGCGUUUUAUACCCCGUGAUCGACACGAUUUUCUAAUCCUUGAUUGAUAAAUUCUCCUCACUCGCGGUCGUUUACACCCGUGAAUCUAGUUUCAUUCAACGAUGUUCGUCAUUUUCGAUGUCAAGUAUUUUGCUCGAAGAGAAAGGAUGAUCGAACGCGCGCAAUGGGACCUCGAAUGCCCUUUUGUUUAUUACAACUUUUAUUAUUUCUCAAUUUGAUCAAAUAUUUUUUUAUAUGUUUUAGUAAUCUAAUGUGUAAUAAAAUACAUAUCGCGUACACGUUAAAAAAAAAAGAUUAAUAUAGAUUCGAGCUGUCACGUAUCUGUUUCUAUCGAGGAUUUUCAUAUCGUAGAUGCAAAGAUCCGAAAACAAAUCACUCUACUACCCUUGAUCGUCUGUUGUGCGUAUAAGAGAAUUAUUAUCGUUAAGUACCCUCGAGGAAACGCGUAAAAGGAUCUUUCAGCAUCAAAAUUAGUAUUUCUACGCUAAAUUGUAGCAAGAACUCUUCACGGUGUCUCAGCGAAUAAACCCAUUUUACUCCAUCUUCUGUUCACCUAUCCCCCCUUUCUUCACCUAUGUUCAUACAUCAGGAUAUAUAUAUAUAUAUAAUAUUCGUUACCCGAGAUAGAUCUAUGAUCUGCGGAUUAUCGUGUCCCUUAUAGUUAAAAACGACAGACGGGCGAGUAACACACGUUAACAGCUUUUUAAGCUCAAUAAUCAUGAAUCUAAUACGAUUGUUAGUAAAACACCUUAGCCCUAAAAACAUACUCCUCUCUUCUAAUCCGUCAGACUUCCCCGUCGUCGCUUGUACUAAACCGUAUUUAAUUCGUACAUGUCACACAUUUUAUAAUUCUCUUCCUGCCGUCCCUCUUUACUCUUACACUAAUCCUAGAUCGAAAAGCAAGAACUUGACCGACGAUGUUUUAACGUACUUUAUUAUCUCCUUUCUAAUCUCAUUUUUGUUUCUUUUUUUCUUUUUUGUACAGAUGUCCGUAGUACCUUUGGUUUUUCGUGACUGGUGGGACGAUUACGAUCGACCGGUGUCCAGAUUGGUGGACCAACACUUCGGCAGAGGACUUAAUCGAGACGAUCUGAUAUCAAGGUUCUCCGAUCUAAGUCUCGACAGACCCCUACGCUCGAUUUUUCGCGAUAGGUACUACCGUCCGUGGAGGAACGUAACGCGCCAACACUCGAGCGGAUCGAGCACGAUUCAGAUCGACAGCAAGGACAACUUCCAGGUAAUACUGGAAGUUCAACAAUUCUCACCGGAAGAGAUCACGGUGAAGACGGUCGGGAACCAAGUUAUUGUCGAAGCCAAACACGAAGAGAGGCAAGACGAGCACGGAUUUGUCAGUAGACACUUUGUACGGAGAUACGUCUUGCCACCAUCGCACGACGUGUUCAAUAUUACCUCGAGCCUUUCUUCGGAUGGUGUUCUAACUAUCACGGCACCCAAAAAGGGCCAGCCACCUAGUGAAGGCGAACGAGUUAUUGAAAUUGUUAAAACAGGAGAACCCGCAAGUAAACCCGUCAAAAUUGAAACGACAACCGAAUAAAUGUAAAAAUUUGUUAAAAAAUUUGUUAACUUAAUAUUUUACUUUUUAUAUUUGAAUUUUUAUGCGAUUAUAUCAAAUGUUAUUCAAACAGUUCUUGUUACAUAGUAUAUAUAGUAAAAUCGGAGUAUAUAAAAUGUACAGAUAAAUAUUAUAAAGAUAGAACCAUCAUAGUAAAUAUAUAAAAUAUUUUCAA